UGUAAAAUCGCUUUUAUUAUUCAAUACAUUUUGGUGUAUCUCUCAUCCCACCCUCAUUUCCAGCAGGCAGCAGAAACCGAUUUACACCGUAUAUUAUUUCCCUUACUCUACCUCUCUCUAUCACCCUCUUCCUUUCCUUUUCACUGUCUUUCUCUGCCUGUCUUUAUUGCAUUCUUGUAGCCACCAGUUUUAAAACAACUUGUUUUUGCUUUAACUGAGAGCAGGUAAACCUUCAUCCCUUCGCAUUCUUUUGGGUCUCUUCACUCUCUUUUUUUUAUUAUUUUAAUUAUACACAUUGCCUAAUUUAAUUGUCAGUAAUCAAAGUAUCCUUUAAACCCUAUAUUCACCAAAAAGUGCCCGAUGUAUAUAUACUAAUGUGUAAUUAUUUUCAUUGGUCCAUUUUCCUACUAUAAUAUUUAAAUUGGUGCUUUCCUUCUAUUUUUUACUCUGCUUUAUACGUGUUGAACAUCUUUGAACAUUUAUUCUAUCCCAAGGACUAUUUCAGUCUUUAAACAUCUUGUUAUUGAUCCUGUUAUUGUAACCAAAUCUAAUUUAUCUUUUGUUAAUUACAACCUUUUACCUGUUUUUCAAUAUGUGGAAAGUAAGAGAAUUAGCUGAUAAAGUGACCAAUGUUGUCAUGAAUUACACUGAGAUUGAAGGAAAAGUCAGAGAAGCAACUAAUGACGAUCCUUGGGGUCCUACGGGAUCGUUGAUGCAAGAGUUAGCUUCUUACACAUUCUCAUAUGAUCAAUUCCCCGAAGUUAUGGGUAUGCUUUGGAAAAGGAUGUUACAAGAUAACCGGCGGAAUUGGAGAAGGACGUAUAAAUCGUUAAUACUACUUCAAUAUCUCAUUAAAUAUGGAUCUGAGCGGGUUAUAACUAGUGCACGGGAGCACAUUUACGAUCUAAGAAGUUUGGAGAAUUACACUUUUGUCGAUGAACAAGGCAAAGAUAUGGGAAUCAAUAUUAGACAUCGAGCUAAGUCAUUAAUUGAAUUCAUCCAAGAUGAUGAUAAAUUGAGAGAGGAACGAAAAAAAGCAAAGAAAGCUAAGGACAAGUACAUUGGUGUCUCUUCUGGAUCGAUAUUGUUUCCUUCACGUGAUAGCUGGUCUGAUACACCAAGGAAAUCGUUUGAUGAUUUUGAAGAAACUGAAGAAAAAGGAACAUCAAAAUCAAAAAGUAAAUUCCACGAUGAAGAGAACAGUGAAACAGAGGAAACGGAGCCCGAUUUUAAUAACUACAAAACUCAACGUUCCAAUCAAUCAGCCAGUAAUGAAUCUUCACCGACCACAGCAACAACCCCAACCCUUCCUAAGCCCACAAGUGAAGGUCGUCCACCAAAAGUAUCUACUAAGAGUAGUGAACCAAGCCGUAAAAUUGAUCUUGGGGCAGCAGCAAAUUAUGGGAAAACCCAAGCAAAUAAUAGUGAUUUAAUAGGGAGUAUAACUCUGAGCAACAACAGUGAACCAAAUGAAACAAAUCAAAAGAGUAAAGAUCUGUUGGAUGAUAUCUUCAGCGGAAUUAGUGACAAUUCAAAUAAAACAGCAGCUCCAAUCGUAAGCAACUCGGUAGCUGAUGACUUUGCUGAUUUUGCUGAUUUUACUAGUUUUGAAAACUGUGAUGGUAACAAAACUGACGGAAAACCAGAAGAACCUAAAGAAACUGAUGAAUUUGCAGAUUUUACGUCAGCCUUUACUCCUAAUAUAAUGGCCUCAGCUUCGUUGACAGCACCUUUAACAGAUAUUACACCCUCUUCAAUAAUUAACUCUCUUCCUCCCUUUGAUCUGAAAGCUCAAUUACCUUUAAAUGCUACAUUAAAUACAACUGUUAACAAUAACAGUGGAGCAAGCUCAAUUGACUUGUUAAAUAACGAAUUAAGUGGUAUCAACCCGUUUAUCAGUACUGACCUUGUUAGUACUGACAAUGGUAUUGGCUUGAGUCAAGGAAAUACUAAUCCUUUGCUCAAUUCAAUAAAUCCGCUCAUAACUUCCAAUAUUAAUGCAAAUUCAAAUGCAAAUAUUCAUUUUCCGACAUCCCUACCUUUGCAGCCUACACCACUGCUUUCAUCGACCAAUCCAAUGUUUAAUAACAUUCCAUUUGGUAAUAAUCCGACAGAUUUGUCAUUAAAUUCAACUACAGCAACUAAAACACCGAUUCAAAGCAGCAACAACACUUGGAGUAGCUACAGCUCAAAUGUCAACAUUAAUGUGGACAAUCUUUUAGCAGCUAAAUACGAGAAACACAAUGCACCAACUAUGAACCAAUUAGCAGCUAACAUGGGUGGCUUGAAUUUAAUUGGAGCUCAGCCAAAUGUAUCGCCAGUUAUCAGCCCGAUGAGCCCCUUGAAUCCAACCACAACCAAUCUUUUUACUUCGACAAAGAAACUCUAAUAAUGAUAAUAAAGAUUAAUUAUAAUUAAUAUUAACGAUAAUAAUAACAAGCUUCCAACUGUGUUAUAAAAAUAAAGGAAAAAAACAAGAAUACAUCAAUAA